AUGACUUAUCAUCUUCAGGGGUGCAUGUGCUCCUCUGUCAUUCCGCCGUCAGCUAUCCCUUUCACCUUCUCGCUCACGCAACCUGCCUUCCCUUUCACCGAAUCGCUCACGCAACCUGCCUUCUUGAUGAAUUUGUUUGAACAGUGUGAAAAAAUUAAAGCUACAGUUAAGAAACCACUCCUUAAUAUGUUUAGGGAUCAUAUAGUUGAAGGUCAAAUUUAUAAAAUGGCAUACUUUACUGUUGUGUCAAAUCAUGGUAGUUAUAGAGCAACUUCUCAUGAAUUCAAAUUGGUUUUCCUUCACCGAACCACUGUUGUAGCUGUUGAUGAAGAUGUUAUCCCUAAGACUUGUUUCAGCAUGUUGUGUUUAUUUGGAAUAGUUGUCAUUGGUCUUUUAACUUCAGUGGGAGAAGAGAAAGAAUAUGCAAAAGAGGAAAAAAAUGUGAAAAUGAUUGUGCUGGAAUUAACUUCAAAAGAUCUUACAGUGCGAUGUGCAUUGUUUGGGGAUUAUGUGAAUCAAGUAAAUUAUUUCCUUGCCUCUGGCUAUGUGGAACAGCCUGUUGUAGUUAUUCAACUUGCAAAAGUCAAGUUCUUUAGGGGUCAAGUAGGUCUUCAAAAUGUGAUGUAUACCACUCGAAUGUUAUUUAAUCCUGAUCUUCCUGAAGUUGUUGAAUUCAGGCAGAGUAUGAUUGAGCAAUGUGUCAAUGGUACCCAGCCACUGUUUAUUGCAAAUUAG